CCGUAACCAUGUACAAAGUGGAUUUGCCUGUGGAUCAGUCCACACAAAAUGCCGUGGAAAGGCGCAGAGCGGCAGAAUCUGCACGAAAGGAGCGUAUCUUCAACACCCGGCUCCGAGUGAUGGGCCUGGACCUUCACGCUCUGGAACAACAAGUGCAGGACAGAAAACACCAGCAACAUUUGGAGAGACAACGGGAUAAGGAUUAUGAUUUUCUCAGACUGAACCAUGAUGAAGCCCUUAUGCAGCAGGACAACAAUGAAAAACAGCGGCGCGCAGACUUGCAUACAGGAGAACUUGCAACCAAGUUCUGGUGCACUUACCAGAGAGCUGAGGACUCCCGUGAUGCAGAUCUCAACAAUGACCAGAUGAGGGCGUUGACGCUCUCGGUUCCAGAGAGUGAGCUGGGACCUGCCAGUAUGCAAAUCUUUGAGGGAGAGGACCAAGGAGCAAAAGACAGCCGGAAAGAACAAAUGAAAAUUACGGAAAGAAAUCUACGUGCACAAAAGGAAGACAAUGAGCGGAGACGAAUGGCAGAGAAGCAUAGAGACAUGCUUACUGGUCAGGGGCUGAUGUAUGAGGACCACCGGCGAGAAGAGAUGCGCACAUUAGAGGAGGAGUGCAGAAGAGUGUCCCGCAUGGCCCUGGAUAACUAUAACCAUGCUCUGGCCACAGAGCAGGCUGAAAGAAAGAGAGAAGAGCGCAGACGAGAGGAGAGGGAGAACCUAGCAGAGAUGUGGCACAUGGUGACGUCCGACAUGAUGACGGAACGCGCAGAGGCAGCAGAGAGGCCAGGAGGAGGCAGGCCGCCCGGGGUCAUGGCUGACAGGUGGAAAGGGAUGAGCCCCACACAGCUCAGUGCCAUCCAUAAGGAGAGAGAGGCGCAGUGUGAGGAGAAACAGAAACAACAAGACAAAGAAAGAAGUUUGCGUACAUCUUUUGGCUUGCAGCUGCUGAAGUCUUCUCAGGCAGCAGAGGAAGAGGAGCAAAGAGUUGCAGAGCAAAGGAGACAAAGGAGGGCAGAAAUAGACCUGUACAACAGGCAGCUGGCUAAAGAGCAGCAGAUACAUCAGGAGUAUUUGGAAAAAAUCUUAUACACCAACAAACCAACAAAGGACUACUUUCGCCAGUUCAAUACAAGCUCUCGCUGAUCUCAUUUCUCACAAUGGAUAUACUGUACUUGCUUGUCAUUGUGAACAAGACACUAUCUUCAAAUGCAAAUGAAAAAAGAUAUGUUUUCGUACAUGUCUCCACUGCUAAGAAUUAUGGACACUACAAUAGAAAAAAAAACUCUUUUGUUGAGAUUG